AUGACAAUCUUAGAAAAAUAUUUUUAUUUUUAUUUACACAAAGCUUUUUUUUUUGAAGUUUCCUUUCAAGUGUUAAUUUUUACCAGUUUAAUAGGCAUUAUUUUAUGGUAUGUAUUUCGGCAAAAAAUUCUUCGAGUUAAGGUUUUAAGUGAAUUAGAAGAAGAAGAAAUAAUUCGAAAUUUUCAACCUGAAGAUUUAAUUCCUAAUGAGUUUGAAAAAACAAAUUUAUUAAAUCAAAAAGUAGUUUCUUCUUUAGCCGGAAAAAAUAUAUCAGUGAACGGUUUUUCGUGCUUAAAUCUUGCUACUCACAAUUAUCUGAGCUUAUUAGAAAAUUCAAAAAUACAGUCUCACGCCACACAAAGUAUAAACAAAUACGGAGUGGGUUCUUGUGGUCCUCGAGGUUUUUACGGCACCGUUGAUGUACAUUUAGAAUUAGAAGAGAAAUUAGCUGAAUUUUUGGAAGUUGAAGAAGCUUGUGUGUAUUCAUAUUCUUUUGCAACCAUGGCCAGUGCCAUUCCAGCGUAUUGUAAACGCGGGGACAUUAUAUUUGUUGAUGAAGCAGUAAACUUUUCCAUUCAAAAAGGCUUAGAUGCAUCCAGGAGCAAUAUAUUUUAUUAUAGGCACAAUAAUAUGACUGAUUUGGAAGAUAAAUUAAUAAAACAAUCUAAAAUGGAUUUAAAAAAUCCCAAAAAGGCUGCCAAAACACGAAAGUUUUUAAUUACCGAAGGCAUAUUUGCAAACACUGGAAAAAUUUGUGAUUUGCCAGGUCUUAUAAAAUUAAGAAAUAAAUUUAAGCUUAGAAUGUUACUUGAUGAAUCAGUGUCUUUUGGUGUAUUAGGAAAAACAGGAAAAGGAGUUGUGGAAUACUUUAAUAUUCCAAAUAUUGAAGUCGAUUUAAGAAUAGGAAGUUUGGAAAGUUCUUUGGCCUCGAUUGGAGGAUUUUGUUGUGGGACUUCAUUUAUUGUGGAACAUCAAAGGCUUUCAGGCUUAGGUUAUUGUUUUUCUGCAUCUUUACCUCCUGUUUUAGCUGUUGCAGCACUAUGUUCAUUAGAUUAUUUGAAGAACAAUCCCAAUAUAUUUACCUCACUGAAGGAUGUUAAUCAAGCCUUGCAUAAAUCAUUAUCAAAAUUGUUAUAUUUUGAUAUUUCUGGAGACCCAGAUUCUCCAAUCAAGCAUCUGUAUCUCAAAAACGAACAAGAUUUUAAUUCGGAAAAAAAAAUUUUAAAUAAAAUAGUUGACUAUUGUAUCAGUAAAAAUGUAGCUAUAGGAUUACCAGAAUAUUUAAACCACAUUGAAAAAUUCCCAGUAAGACCAAGUUUAAGAAUAACUUCUAAUAUUUCAUUAACAAUAUCGGACAUUGAAUUUGCUUGUGCAGUUAUUUCAGAAGCUUGUAACACCAAUCUCUCAGUGUAA